UUCCGUUCGCGUUUUCCGCAUCGUGGAAAUCAUAGGGCCCUAAUCAUUCAGACACCAAAGUAAGCGGUAAAUCUCUUAAAGGGCCAGAAGACUAAAAUAAUGAAGCACCUAGUGUUGUCAAACAGUCCUGAACUUCGGUACCAGGCCAUGGUUGCGUGUUACCCUGGAAACGGAACAGGAUACGUGCGACAUGUGGACAAUCCUAACGGCGACGGACGCUGCAUAACCUGCAUCUACUAUCUGAACAAGAACUGGGAUGCGAAGGUUCAUGGAGGUUUAUUGCAGAUCUUCCCCGAGGGUCGUAAUGUUGUAGCCAACAUCGAGCCUCUGUUUGACCGUCUGCUCAUUUUCUGGUCAGAUCGCCGGAACCCACAUGAGGUGAAACCAGCUUUUGCCACUCGCUACGCCAUCACUGUUUGGUACUUUGAUGCAAAAGAGCGUGCUGAAGCGAAGGAGAAGUACAGACUGGCUACAGGACAGAAAGGAGUUAAAGUGCCUGUCACACAAAGCAGCAAGACCUGAAUCUCAGUCAUUCGAGUGAACACUCAAGUGUGUCCUGUUUAUGUGUGUGGCAGCCCGUGCCGUCGCGCGAUUGGCUGUUUUCAAGAGAAGAUGCAAGAAACCCAACAAUCACGGCUCUUUCUGUGGCCUCAAACAUCCAACAAGAAGUUUGAUUUGAUUGGGUGGGACUGUCUGUAAAUUUGAUUGGGACUGUCUGUAAAUGAACACCUUAAACAAAUUUGAUGGUCACAUCUCUGAAAGGCUUGGCCGAUUUUCCUCAUCCCGUGGAAAGUCAACAGUGGAAACAUCACAAACGGACUUGAGUUACUUUAGUAUUUUGAGUAAUUACUGUAUUUAAUAAGAAUUACAAUCUCUAAACUCAACCCUCGCUUUUCACAACACUACACCUCUGUGUGUAAGUGGGUAGAUGAGAUUUUCCAGUGGCCUUUGUCAUAUCCUGUUUAGCCCCACGAAUGUGUAACCAGCUUAACACUGAGAUCUGACUUAAGCGAACGCUCAACUAAAUCAUGAAAACUGACAUAAAAUAACCAACAAUCACAUUAUACAUGAAUGCUUCGGUGGACACAAUCCCUUACGAUUGAGCCUGAGCCCUAGGAAACAUUCAGGGUGAAUUCAUUCAAAAUGAACAGCGCCCUCUGAUGGCGUCAGUUUUCACGCAAUGCUUUGUUCACGGAAAUCCAGUAGCGCCACAAAAAUUUUCGCAAUAAGCAAUUUUGCUUGCAACGGUUUGCAGCAAACCUUAGGGCCGUUCAUUUAGAACGUAUUUUUGCAGUCCGUCUUCGAUAUUUUUUUAAGUGUUGUCCUCGUCAUUGCUUCAUAUUUCGGUGUAUUUUCAGAGAUUCGCUCCACGAGAGCUGCAGUUUAAGAUGCAUCCAGACUGUGUCCCGUGUGAAUGGCCGUGACCUCAAUUUGUAAUGCUUUGCUGGGACUGUACAUUGGGAUGCAACAAAAAUAAAAUUCUGGCCGAUAAUGAAAAGCGAUAAUUGUUGUCUAAUUGUAAUCGUAUGUUAUAACCGAUAACCGAUAAAUGGAUAUAAAUAUUAAAAUUCUAUACUAUUUUGUAAUAAUACAUUAAAAAUAA